AAUGAGCCAUGAGUCGUUUGCACGCCACAGGUGCACACAUACGCAUACCCAGUCAAUUGGCCCACGAUUUGAUUUGCCUGAUUUAGUGCUCAAAGAACUUUCGGCAAAUUGGCCCACUCGCCUCGAGAAUAAGUCAAGAGUAUACCAUAAUGGGUUGUUGUUUUAGCACUAGUAAAUCGGUUGAUUUGCCCCCAGUUCCGCCGGCUCCUGGCAAACAGCGCUCAACUUUGCCGGAGUUCCCAGUUUCAGGAUCGGUGACCACUUCUGCUCCCGGAGGAUUCGGAUCUGCACCUGGAGGAGCAACCAAUGCGGCACUGGAGGAUGAUUAGAACCCGGUUAAAUCAGCAAAGAUAUGAUUACGUCGAAGGGAAAAAGUGUAAAUUGACAAAUGGCAUGAGUCACACGGUCGUGCGGCCUGGUGGAAUUUCCAACCACCCAGGCAUUGUAGCUUGAAGUGAAAUGACGUUCUUUAUUGUUUGACAGUAUAAGCUUAAUGCUAAAUUAAAUAAAUAAAUUUUAAUAAACCCAA